AUGGAGGUUCUCGGCUAUGUCCACCUAAGGGAUCUGGGCAAGCCAGUACCGGAAAUAGUUGAUGGAGUCGAAAAGGAAUUCCAGGCACUUUCUAUUCAAGACGUACCUGGCGAAGCUUUAUCGAUAUUCGGCAAAGGUGGACCGAGAUGCGAUCAGUUUAUUGGAUAUGGUACUGAUGAGCUUCAAGGGGGUGUGGGUAGCGAGGCCAGCCUGACCACCUCCGGUUUUGCCGACGAGUGCUAUCAGAUUCUAAUCAUUAUACAGAUGCGCUCCACUGUCAAAUCGUACAUUCGAAACGAAAUCUUUGUUCGGCAAGGGCCACGGCCUGUGCGCGUUAGACAGUCGCAACAAGGGCGGGUACAUAUGAAGAAGAACCAAGCUAUUGGCAUUUUCAAGGUUGCACCGGAGCGUAGCUCAGUUACAUUCCGCCUCAGCCUCCCCGGACAGGAGGAGCUAGUAACUACCAUCAAACUUCAUGAAGAUGAGUUACUCUUUGUCUCAGGUUCAGUGACUGUAAAAAUCGAAAUUACGAGUGAUACGCCUGAAUUGAUUUGGGAUGGCUACUCAUCAGUACCUGUGGGAAUGGAUAUACUGAAUACGGAUGUGCUUGACUUUGCGAAGCUUUGA